AUGGCGCCCUUCCCUGAAGAAGUGGACUUCUUCACCGUCCCGCACUGGAGGAUGAAGCAGCUGUGGAAGCUUUCUAAAACCAACUUUUCCAACAACAACGAUUUCCGUGCUCUUCUGCAGUCUUUGUAUGCUACUUUCAAGGAGUUCAAAAUGCAUGAACAGAUUGAAAAUGAAUACAUUAUCAGUUUGCUUCAACAACGCAGCCAGACCAUUUAUAAUGUACAUUCUGACAAUAAACUCUCUGAGAUGUUUAGCCUCUUUGAAAAGGGAUUUAAGAAUGUUAAGAAUGAAUAUGAGCAGUUAAAUUAUGCAAAACAGCUGAAAGAGCGAUUGGAGGCUUUUACAAGAGAUUUCCUUCCUCACAUGAAAGAGGAGGAAGAGGUUUUUCAGCCCAUGUUAAUGGAAUAUUUCACCUAUGAGGAACUUAAGGACAUUAAAAAGAAAGUGAUUGCACAGCAUUGCUCUCAGAAGGAUACCGCUGAACUCCUUAGAGGGCUUAGCCUAUGGAAUCAAGCUGAAGAGCGACAGAAGUUUUUCAAAUAUUCUGUGGAUGAAAAGUCAGACAUAGAAGCAGAAGUGUCACAGCACUCCACGGGUAUAACCCAUCUUCCUCCUGAGGUAAUGCUGUCAAUUUUCAGUUAUCUUAAUCCUCAAGAAUUAUGUUGAUGCAGUCAAGUCAGCACUAAAUGGUCUCAACUGGCAAAAACGGGAUCACUUUGGAAACAUCUUAACCCUGUUCAUUGGGCCAGAGGUGACUGGUAUAGUGGUCCUGCUACUGAACUUGAUACUGAGCCUGAUGAGGAAUGGGUGAAAAGUAGGAAAGAUGAAAGUCGUGCUUUUCAGGAGUGGGAUGAAGAUGCUGAUAUAGAUGAAUCUGAAGAGUCUGCAGAAGAAUUGAUUGCUAUCAGCAUUGCACAGAUGGAAAAACGUUUACUCCAUGGCUUGAUUCAUAAUGUUCUUCCAUAUGUUGGUACUUCCGUAAAAACUUUAGUAUUAGCAUACAGUUCUGCAGUUUCCAGCAAAAUGGUUAGGCAGAUUUUAGAACUUUGUCCUAACGUGGAGCAUCUGGAUCUUACCCAAACUGACAUUUCAGAUUCUGCAUUUGACAGUUGGUCUUGGCUUGAUUGUUGCCAGAGUCUUAGGCAUCUUGAUCUGUCUGGAUGUGAGAAAAUCACAGAUGUGGCUCUAGAGAAGAUUUCCAGAGCUCUUGAAAUUCUGACAUCUCAUCAAAGUGGCUUUUUAAAAACUUCUGCAAGCAAAAUUACUUCGACUACAUGGAAAAAUAAAGACAUAACCAUGCAGUCCACCAAGCGGUAUGCCUGUUUGCAAAGUUUAACUGACAAAGGCAUUGGAGAAGAAAUAGAUAACGAACACACCUGGACUAAGUCUGUUUCUUCUGAAAGUUUAUCUUCUCCUUAUGUGUGGAUGUUAGAUGCUGAAGAUUUGGCCGAUAUUGAAGAUGCUGUAGAAUGGAGACAUAGAAAUGUUGAAAGUCUCUGUGUAAUGGAAACAGCAUCCAACUUUGGUUGUUCUUCAACUGCUUGUUAUAGUAAGGAUAUUGUUGGACUAAGGAAUAGUGUCUGUUGGCAGCAGCAUUGUGCUUCUCCAGCUUUUGCGUAUUGUGGUCAUUCAUUCUGUUGCACAGGGACAGCCCUAAGAACUAUGUCAGCACUCCCAGAGUCUUCUGCAAUGUGUAGAAAAUCAUCAAGGACUACAUUGCCUAGGGGAAAGGACAUAAUUUACCUUGGGAGUGAAAAACCUGAUCAAGAGACUGGCCGUGUACUUUUGUUUCUCAGUCUUUCUGGAUGUUAUCAGAUCACAGACCAUGGUCUCAGGGUUUUGACUCUGGGAGGAGGGCUGCCUUACUUGGAGCACCUUAAUCUCUCUGGCUGUCUUACUGUAACUGUUGCAGGCCUUCAGGAUUUGGUCUCAGCAUGUCCUUCUCUAAAUGAUGAAUACUUUUACUACUGUGACAACAUUAACGGUCCUCAUGCUGAUAUCGCCAUUGGAUGCCAGAACUUGCAGUGUGGUUUUCGAGCCUGCUGCUGCUCUGGCGAAUGACCCUUGA